UGGCCGCACGCACACGUGUUUUUUGAUGCAAGUUCCGAAAUGCGGUGUUUACCCGGCAGAACUGGCAAGUAAAAACUGGGGCCUCGGACUGUUAUCGAUCUUCGUCGUGUUUAACCAAGACUCCCAGAGGCGUGAAUUUACGGAUUUAAGCAUCGCGUAGAGAAGUGGCCAUGGAGGAAACCAGCUUGGCACGCCAGCUGCGCAAGUUAGCGGCGCCGCAGACAUCGAUCUUGAAGGACUCCAAGAUCCGAGCGUCUUUUCUCUUUGACCCCCGUGAGGCAGCGGCUGUCGACAACGACACAGCCUUCGCUAUCGGAGUCACCGGCCUGGAAGAGCUCGUGCUCCUCAACGAAGAGUUUGCGGAGUUUGAGCGGAGCCUCUUCUCGGAGAGCUCCAAGUUUGUGGAGCGCUCGGUGAAGACCAAGGCGGAGAACGUGGAACUGGACGAGAGCAUCGAGGAGUUCCUUCUGCUCCUGUCGCCGUACUUCCUGCUGCGACCCGCCCACAAAGCUCUCGAGUGGCUGGUGUACAGGUUCCACGUCCACCAGUACAAUGUGGACGCUCUCCUGCGCUGCAUCUUGCCCUACCACGAGACCCGUCACUUUGUGCGUGCGGUGCAGCUUCUCGACCUGUCGGACAAGACCUCUAGGUGGCACUGGCUGGAGGGACUCCAGAAACCGGGCAUUCCGCUGUCGAAGACCGCGCUUGUGAACCAGUGCACCAAGGACCCGGGCCUCUUGAAGUUCAUCUGCAACCUCCUCGUGUCUAUGGUGAAGGCACACGAGGGAUCCGCGGUGCCGCUGCGUCCCGCGGUGGGCUUCUACACGGCGGCCGUGCUGGGAACGCUCGAGACGGCGGACAAGGUGACGGGCAAGACGGUCGGCCUCCUGCUCCCGUUCCUCCUCGGUGGCCUCGCCUCUGAGAUGGCCGACCACCGCGCCGCAACCUACAUGAUCGUCGCCCAACUCGCUCGUCGCGCCGUCCUGCAGCGGGAGUUUGCGGACGAGCUGCUCGUUCGUGUCUGCAAGACCCUGAAGGCUGAGAGUUUGACCUGCGGCGUGCUGUGCUUGCUGGUCGUCAUGAGCCACCAGAACAUUGAAGUACUCCCUGAACCGUCGAUUCAGGCCUUGAUGAAACACAAGCACCGGCUGGUGGCCUCACUAGAAGAGUUGGCAGGUCAGCACUCGGUGGUGCCGCUUCUCAAGGCCUUGUUGGCGCAGCGGAUGGCUCUGGUUCUGGAAGCGGCGGAAGACGGCUCCGGACGUCGUAAGAUGGCCACCCUGAAAGAGCUCAUCCAACUGGCGCUAUCUUUGGAUGGACUGGCCGAAUUUGUGAUCGGCUGCUUUUUCGAGACAUACGUCAAUGCUCGCGUUGACGGUGAAACAGGCGAGGUCAGGAAAGAGGCUGCUUUCAAUGAAGACGCUGUUCUGGAUGUGCUGAAAAUACUUCGACAACGGUCGCCGGAGCAAGUGGACUCGUGCCUGGAGCGGUUUCUCUCGAGCGAGAGGGACGGUGCCUGCCAAAUGGUGCAGGCGCUUAUGAAGACUAGCGUGUUUGGGAGCGAGCACGCCCUGGUGGGCACCACGGGGGAGGCCCUCUUCCUGGCACUCAACAACCCCAGCAAGAGGCAGCGGGCCAUGGCCACGGAAGAGCUGGUGGCCUUAAUCCGGCAGGGAAAGGAUCUCGACCGGAAAUUCGUCGUGGAGUCCCUGCGGAACCGGCUCGGCGACACGGAACCCGAAGUCGUCCAAGCAACCCUCAAGCUGGGAAAGGAGUUGUGCACAUUCGUUGGCCACGGCAGGGUUCUGGACGUGCUCGAGCGCAUCCUCUUCGACACCGCAGAACGGAGCAAAAAGUGGAGGUCUCUCCGAGUCCAAGCGCUGCAAUUUGCCUGCAACGACCUUCAGGAGUUUCUUGACGAGGCCCAGAUACUGAGGGUGGUGCUUCCCCACCUGGCUCCCGGGGAAGACGGGGAAGUGCCCCUUGCCGCGGUGGUCCUUUCGUCCAAGCUGGCCCAGAGGUUUCCGCUCUUCAAGCCGCUGGUUGCCAACAGUAAGGUCAAGCAGGCAUUGGACCGUGGGGACGCCGCCGAGUUUAUUGAUCUCGCGCUCUCCCAGCUGGGUGAGGCUAUUCAACAGGUCGAUGACCCCAUUAGCCUCAUUAAAUCCCUGGAAGACGCCUGCUUUUCGACGAGCCCGGCUCCGCAACUCCGUUGCAUCUGCGGAAAUGUCGUCAACGCGCUGCUUGCUGCCAGCUCGGGUGACGACUCGGACCAGUUUCACACGGCACUGCACUUCUACCAGCGUCUGCUAGCAGAGAAGGGAGAUGCUGUGAACGCCGAGUCCAUGUCUGCCGCGAUCCGUGAAGGCAAGGUGCCCCUGAAGACCGUCUGCGCGGGGCUGAAGUUGAUCUUGACAAAGCUGCCACCUGUAGAGUUGCUCAGUGAGAGCCCAGCUUGGAGCCUGAAGUACGAGGGGAGCUCUGCCGAGCGGAUCGGCUUGCUCUCCGAUUUGUUCAAGACGGUCGCGGACCAAUCCACUCGCAAGGGUGGCCGACGGACCGCAAUUCGUGGACUCUUGAGAUACUUUCUGAAUACCCACCUUCCGAGCUUGAGACACCAGAUGAACUUUCUGAGCGGUCUGUGGAACAGGCACCUCACAGCUUCAACCGCCCCGAAUUCCCCAGACGAGAGGGCUCAGUCAUUGGCACUGGCAGUCGCAGUUCAGCUCGUGCAAGGCUCGGCCGACGAGAAGCAAGAGAAGCACGACUGGAUGAUCUCGGAAAAGAGUCUUGUGUUUCUGUCGAUGCUGCUUUCCCUGCUGUCGCCAACUUUUGAGAUUCGCCGCCUGGCCGUGUCUCUCAUCGAAAAGGCCCUGGAGGUGUCGCCGAAAACCCGGUCCGGGCUCUACUCGCUCGCCAGCAACAUUGUCGACCAAUCCGCCGAGGUCGCCACAGACUCCGAGCAGCUCGUGCUGUUGGUCGCAAAGUGGCAGCAGGGCCUAAAGAAGCCCAAUUCUCUGCUGGCCCUUCUGAACCACAGCGAAGUGCCAACGUCACUGAAGCUGGGAAUCCUUCAGCUUGUUGCGCAGGUCGGAACGAAGGAGUCCCUGGAAUCUGCGGUGCGUGCCGUCUCCGAGGUGCUGGACGAGGACGACCGGGACGUGGCUCCGCCCCUGAGCGCGGCCAAGUCGGACCUGGUGCGGGCCUGCCUGUCCAAGUAUGCGGAGGCGGACCAGGUGGGCCGUCUGGCGGACGUCGAGGGGGCCGUGGAGACCCUGGAGCGCGCCCUGCGCUGCCCCAGGCUGUGCCAGGGCUGCGAGCCCGUGUCCACCGUUGCGCUGCGCGUGGUGAGCAAGGAGCUGGUGCUGAAGCUGUCCAAGGAGAAGCAGUCGGCGCUGCUCGAAAUUCUGCUGGACUUCGCUCAGGAAGCGUCAGAAGUGCAGCACGCGGCGGUUCUCAAGGCUCUACGCAAGGUCUGUUCCCUCGGAGGCCUGCUUGUCGGUCCGCUGCAGCAGACGCAGACGGAACGACGGAGCACCGCAACGACGGUUCGCGAGGCAAAGAAAAUGAGGCUCUCCGAAGCCCCGGAGGAAUCCGACCCGACGCAGUCCGCUUCGUGGCGGCGCAUCCUCAUUCUCCUGGAAGUGGUUCAGAGCAGAAAGUCCAUCGACGAAGUCCAGCUUCUCGUCGGACCGCUCUACGGACUGCUCAAGAGGAGCCUCGAGCUGGGAAGUUCGCCCAGCGCCGAGUACCUACGUCAGUGUGUGCUUACCAGCCUCCGCGCCCAUUCGCUGAGUGCUCCGCGCAAGGAGCUGGCGUCUCUGGUCAAGUGUCUCAGGGUGUCCCAGAACGCGCAGACGCACCAGCUGGUCCUGUCCCUGCUCAAUCUCUCUGCCAGGGAGUUUCCUGAUGAUGUGCUUCACCAUGUGACGUCGGUGUUCACCUUCAUGGGCAUGAACCUGCUUCGUCAGGACGACAACUACAGCUUCCAAGUGGUGAUGCAGACCGUAGAGACCGUGGUACCCGCUUUGCUUCAGGCGUGCGGGCGAGAGGCAACGGCAUCAGAUGAGGCGGUGGCCUCGGUAACGAGGGUGUUCGUGGACGCCUUUGGAGACAUCCCGGAGCACCGUCGUUUGCCGCUGUUCGCCAAGCUGGCCUCCACCUUGGGUGCCGCGGACCACCUGUGGAUCCUGGCGGCACAGAUGGCGGGACACCACGUGGAGAAGGCGCCGCUCACUGCGGGCGCCGAAGACGCCUCUUCUCAGUCGGCCGCAGCCCACAUCCUAGACUUUGGGCUCGCACUCUGCACCCAGUUCGACGUCGCCAUUGAGGUCUCGACGUGCACCCGUCUGCUUCAGUUUGCUGCUGGACUGCCUUCCUCAAAAGACGAGCCGAACCUGCACCCGAGCCACACCGAGGUGUUCGACGUCCGAAGGCGCACGGACAAGGAGCUGCAGAAGUUUCGUCUGGCCGUGGUCACCUUUGUUGCCAACCUGCUCGGGUCUCCAAACUUUCUCGGACAGGUGGCAGAACUGCAGCGCAAGGGCGAUGGCAGCGCAGAGCCCCUGUACGGAGACUGCUUGUCGACGUGCCUGCAGUCGGUGCAGCAGACGUCACGCUGGACCAGCGUCCACUCACGCUCUCCCUGCCUGCGCUCGUGGCAGACUCUGCUCGCCAGGCUACACGACAUCGUCCACAAGGUGAACGGCCUCCUCCCGAGCGGCCAGUUUGUCUCGAUGGUGCGGUCCCUGAUGAAGCACGACCUGGCGUCCAUCCGGAGGAGUGCCAUGGAAAUGCUCAACGCCAAGCUCUCGGCCAAGCGGUACUUCACACCCGACGACACGGCAGCACUUUUGGAGCUGAUACGUCCACUUUGCCGCGUGGCCCUGGGCAAAGGGAUUCAGCCCGAAGAGUCGUCGGACGGAGGACCCAGUGCUGAAGAUGUGGCACUGAACCGGCAGACGGCCCUGCUGUCGCUGAAGCUGCUCAUUCGGAUGCUGGGCCCAGACCACCACGCCGAGUUUGCCAAGGUGUAUGACGUUGUGGUGGAGCUCCUGGGAGCGGAGGACCUGAACUCGGUGCUGCGGAGCAGCGCCCUCCUCUGCCUCGCCGAGCUGUGCCACAGCAUGCCCACUGCCACCAUCGUCCAUUUCGGCCGUCUCAUACCGCUCUUCCUCGACGUGCUCCAAGACAGGGACAGGCCAGAGCUUGUGACCCUGGCUGUGGUGACUGCGCUUCACCGUCUUGUUGAGAGUCUGUCACCGUUCCUGAGUGCCUACUUGACGGUCAUCAUUGUCGAGGUUUGUUCGUUGUACGCCAACAUCGUCGACGGCGGCACUCACGCGGCAGCCAUCAGGCAGCGUCUGGACGCCGUGUCUGCGCACCUGGGACAAAACGUCCCACUUCGCGUCCUGGUUCCCACCAUAGAGGACUCAUUUGCGUCCUUGGACAACACCGUUGCAGUGGGGCACCUGAUGACCAUCCUGAACCAUCUGAUCUCUUCAGUGGAGAAGUCGGACCUCAAGGGGCACCUACCGCAGCUGCAGGAAUUGGUGAUCAAACUCCUCAGCUACAGGAUGACUCAUACAGAGUUGCCAGCGGAAGACGUGGACGCGGUUGAGGACAAUGUCGUGGGCGUCGUGACCUCGCUUUCGUUCAAGCUCUCUGAAGUCACCUUCCGUCCAUUCUUCUACAGAAUCUUCAACUGGGUCACGGUUCCAGAAGACGAUCGGCUCAAGGACAGGGUACUGACGUUCUACCACCUCACCGAAAGGCUGUCGGAGACCCUCAAGAGCCUCUUCGUUCUGUUUGCGAGCGUCUUCACAAAACACGCAGCCGAUGUCCUGGCCGAGACCAACAGCUCUAAGACAGAGGAGACGUUCUUUGAGGAUGAGUCCAAGUGCUGCCAGCUUCUCAAGCACCUCUUGGGCACGCUGACCAACUGCUUCAAGCAUGGAGGACAGGGCUUCCUGAUCCGCGAGAGGUCGGCCGUCUUCCUCAAGCCCCUCAUAGACCAGCUCGAGAACGUCCUCGGCGGAGAGGAGGUCUGCAGGGAGCGCGCCGAGGAGACGCUGGUGCCGUGCUUGGCAUAUUUCGCGGCCGGCUGCGAUGACUCGUCUCGCAAGGAGUGGCACCAGAAGCUGCUCUGCCAGAUGAGGCACUCUUCCACGAAGGUGAGGCAUGUCACGCUGCUGGCAUUCCGCGAGGCCGUCCGCAAACUGGGAGACGACUACCUGGUGUUGCUUCCGGAGGCCGUCCCUUUCCUGGCCGAGCUCAUGGAAGACGAGAGCACGGAGGUGGAACAGUUGUGCCAGGAGGUCAUCUUAGAAGUGGAACAAAUCCUGGGGGAACCCCUGAUGAAGUACUUUUGAUUUGGAGGUCCAUUAAAUGGUGGAAGUGAGACUGUUU